AUGAUUCCUAGUUCAUACGAACCAAUAGGAUCAGACUCCCCCAUCGAAAACGGCGAAAAUGUGGACGGCGAAGGAGACGAUGCCUCACAACAAUCGAAAUGGCGGAAAGCCAUUCAGAAGCUUCGCCAAGUAGACAAGAGUUUCUUCGUGUCAAAGGCUUUCUAUUUCUUCUUCUACACAGCCUUGGGGUCGCUGUUUCCAUUCUUUAGCCUGUUCUACAAGCAGUUAUGGCUAACUCCCGGACAAAUUGGUCUUUUGCUUGCUUUGAGACCUGCUGUAAAGCUCGUCUGCCUGCCUUUGUGGAAAAUGGUAACAGACAGGUUUAGCAGACCGAAAGUGGUGUAUUUUAUUUCGAUUCUAGGAUGGACUAUUGGUUAUUUCGGACAGUCAUUAGUUUACCCAACAAAUUUGCCAUGCUAUGGGUAUCAAUCACUCCACUCCACGACUUCAAGUCCAAAUAUCUCAAUUUCAAAUUCAAGCGUCGUAUCCGUAAACAACAUUACAAGAAGGUCACUUCUUCAAGACUCGUACCCUUCGGAAUCUUUACAAAAAUGGGAUCCUAGAAAUUAUCGUCCCUUAAGCCGGAAAGAGAGAGACCAAGGAUAUCUCUUAGACAAUGCUCAAUCAACAAAUUUAAUAAAUAAUUUUGCAAGGGCGCCAACUUUACAGCUGAAUGAGCCCACAAAGAACAAAGGAAUAUAUGCAAAUUUGAAAGGAAAAACAGGUAGACUUAAUGAGCCAAGUGAAACCUAUUCUCGCUCCCUUGAAGAAGGGAAAAACGUAGAGGGAGUUACAGACGCCGAUUCGCAGGAAAAUGACCACGAAGUCGAACGAGAAAUUAAGGCAGAUACCGCGACAAGUGGAAUAGUUGAGAGGAAGAGUAAUGAUGUCAUAAAGGUGUAUGAAAAAAUGGGCUCAUUGAUCCCAAGCCCUAAGGAAAAUGACGACUUCCGAAUAAAGUUUAACACUUGGAUUUUUCGAUGUCUGAUCUUAAUUGUGAUUUUGACCGAAAUAAUUACAACGCCAACUCCCAUGCUAGCGGACAUUGCCAUUGUUCAAUCUCUUGUUGAAACUAAAAGCGAAUAUGGAAAACAACGAUUGUUUGGUUCACUUGGUCUGAGUCUCGCCGCCAUUCUUGUUGCUGUGUGGGUGUCUUUAAACACUGACUGUCUCUUCACAGACACAAUUGACUAUACACCGUGUUUCUAUUUGUUCGAGAUCGCCAUUGGCGCUACGGUUCUUGUGUCUCUUUUCGUAAAGUUUGACCGACCUGAUGGCGAGGCGAGUAAUGGCUACGAAUUCCUGGACGCGAUGAAGUUGUUCAAGAACUUCAAAAACGGCGUAUUCCUUGUCACGUUAUUUGCGUUCGGCUUCUUUCACAGUCUCCACUAUGCAUUCCUGUUUUGGUAUCUCCAGGAUCUCGGAGGAACCCCGGUCCUAUUCAGUAUCAUUUUGUUGAUCUAUUGCCUAGCUGAAGUGGUGAUGUAUUUUGUGUCUGGGUACGUGGUGGAAGCCAUUGGUCAACAGGGAAUGAUCUGUUUAGCCUUCGCCUGUUACACCGCUAGAUACCUCAUGUAUUCCUACCUGAGGGAUCCUUGGCUAGUGAUACCAAUGGAAAUGGUUCAAGGCAUUACAUACGGAGGGGUGUGGUCGAUUGCUGCUGUUUAUGUAAAUGCACCUCCAGGUCAGUGAUCAAGAUCUGAAUUCUCUAUAUUAUAUCACUACUUUAAUCAAACCUGAAGAUGACGAGAAUAAGGGCAAUGAUCAACAAUGCAAAAUGUCUUGAUAUUUUGAACAAAUUCUGCGCACCCACAGAUUACAACGAAGUUCGCUCUACCUUCCCCACUCGACCAAGUUUUUGAUAUCGGUCUACUGUAUCUUUUCAAAAGUAGUAUUCUGCCAGCGAAAAUAAGCAAUUUUGUCUUUCACUCAGUAAUACCGUAUAAUUUUCACAACGAUACCUGGUGUCUUGUUCGAUUUGAGCUUAUUUCCUUUUUUGAGGAGAAUUGAGCCUGGAGCCUUUUGGUUUGUGUUUAACUUAAAGACACGCCAUGAGUUUAUUCUCUUUGAGUUCUGGUCUUCAAAAGUUGACGAAAUUGAUAGCUUGUAUUGUAAUUGAAGAGAAUACGCUUUUGUAAUAUAAUUCAAGUAAAGAGUAAUCUGUAUUUGUGUUUCGCUUAUCGCGAACCUCAGUUCAGUAUAACAUCCAUCCUGUUAAAAAAAUUCUAAAAAAAAUUUUGAAAGACACAAUCGAACCUUCACUAACGGCCGUUGUUAAGUCGCGAAUCGAGCUCAAUAAACGGUUACAUUAUACGCCCUUAGGGACGGACCAUUCGAAAACUUAUGGUAUGGGUUUGGGGGGGGGGCGAAUUACAAAAAUAAUAUUCGCGCAAGGGAAAAUUUAAUGAAAAAAAAUCAUGCACGCCAAUUAAUCCUAAAAAAUAUUCAUGCUAUGGCCUAAAAAAAAUUCAUACAAGGUAUUAGAUGACGAAACAAAAUUCCUGCGGCUCGAAAAUUCCCCUCCCCCUCCCUAUGACUUUUCUAAUGGUUCGUCCCUUAGUUCCGUUAAUAGUCCUCCUACUAGUCCGUUCACCACUGUCUUAUAUGUAAAUCAAGUCCCUUUUUGUUUCGAGUUUUGCUCAUUUCGCAUCUAAUUAUCCUACAUUAAGUCCCUUGAGACCAGACACUACAGCCACCUCUCUACAACGGCCAUUUUUGGGGGGCGGAUAGUCCGUACAUUCACUCUUGUUUCGACUUCUUUACAACGGCUAUCUCUCUACAAUAGCCAUUUUCUUCUGUCCCCAAGGUGGCCGUUGUAAAGAGGUUUAACUGUAUCACAAACUUGAAACUGCGUGAGAAAGGUUUGUAAAACAGAGCAGGAAAAAGGGAUAGAACUGAGACGUAAAUGCGAAGUGACUUUGGGUUUAUCUAAACGAUACUAUGGAAAGAAGCUUCAACAAAUCAACAAUUCCGGUUUGUCUUCCUUUCAUUCCCUUCUCCCAGAUAAUUAGGUUUCCAGUUCGCCACCACCGCUGAAUAAAAACUUUGAAGAAGCUUGUUUACGAUGUUAGCCUUCUUCUGAAGUGAAUACAACGGUAUUCACAGAUUUCAGCGAGAAGAACAACUGUUUAGGACUCUUCCUAUUCAGUUUUAAUUUUAAAUACGAAAGUGAAUAUUUCUACCUCCCUUGUCCUAACGUUUGUUGUUUUGUCUUAACCCUAUAGAGGCCUCACAUAUGGUUCAAAGUAUUUUGCACGGUAGCUACUGGGGGCUUGGAAUGGCACUGGGCUCAGGGAUCAGCGGCGUUAUCAUCGGUGUUGUGGGGGCCCCAACGCUUUUCCUUAUAUCCGCAGGAAUCUGUUUCUUGCUUUGCAUGUUUCACUUAGGAAUUGAUAUCCACAACAAAAUGAAAUUUUUAGAAGAAGAACAAGAACACAGACUUCGGGUUCAACGCGGAGAGACGAUCAUAAAACAGCCCAAGAGGAAGGAGAGGGAAAGCGAUUUCAUCGGGGCAGCGGCCGCUCCUCUUGUGCCAUGCCUUCUCUACGCAAGAUACAAGUAUGAUCUAUAACAUCAAACCAAAUGUGUCAAAGUUUAUUUAGUUGUUUAGUUGAGUUAGUUUCAGUUAGAAAAAGAGAUUCUAGAAGACAUGUAGUUCUAAUGGCCCAGUUUCACACUUCCAGCGUGAAGGCUGGCGAUUUUAUAGCUUUUAGUUUCAUUCGUAGUCUAGCCAGUUGGCUAAGCCACUUUGCUGCAUUUUGCCUCUCACCACUAAGAGUGAACAAUUUCACAUGCAAAAAAAGGACGAACAAACAAAUUGGACUUUGUUGUUUCGUUGUUAACAAUAAUAUUGAUAUUGAAAUUUAUUUUCCGUGUAAAAGGGUGGGAAGUCUGUCUAAGUCAUUAAUAAUCUUUAUUUUUAUAUUUCUGAAGUCUGCAGUGGCCAGAACAUGAUUAUCAAAGAACUUAAGUCAACAUGAUGGAUAUUCACCAUCAUGUCUUGCAAAUAACAAUUACCGUAUCGCUAUAAAGGACCUCAGUACUAGAUAAAAAGCGCCGAAUAUACAAGUAUUUAUUUUGAGUUUCCCAGCAGGGAAUAUGGACAACAUAAAGUAAAAUAGCUUUUUCCAUAAAAUAAAAAUGACGUUUAAAGUUAUACAGAUAGCACAACAAGCGAGAGUAGGUUAACAAAAAAUAAAAAUUCCAUUUACCUUUACAGAGGGUCUCCUGUGGGGUUCUUCAAUCCCGUAAUCCCGACCCGAAAUUUCGUGCAAUCCCGUAAUCCCGAUGGUUGUUUUUGGCGUCCCACCUCUCCUGCAAACUUCCAAUCCCGAAUCUCGCCCCGAUUUUGCUUUAAAAUCCCGAGCCCGAAAAAAGGGAAAUCCCGAAUGCCGAAAAACCUAUUGACUACCCUUUGCAAUUACUAGCCUCUUCUGUUCUGUCGGUCUG